CGCAAACUCCUUGUAACUGACCAACUGACCAACUCGUAGAAUGCUAACACUACGUGACGCAAGACCUUGUGCACUUCCUUGCGCACCUAAUUUUGGUUGGUAGAGAUGCGAAACAAACUACGGGGCGACGUGAUUUGUCCUCCUCCUAUGGCAUAGCCUCGACCCUUGUCAUUAAGCACCGUCACUUCUUCGUAUGAUCACAAGCCUACAUUCGGAAACGGGGCAACCAUGUAAACAUUCACCAUCUGUUGUAGGGACAUGAACAAAAGAAACAUAGGAUUCCAAGACUUGAUUGAAUAACUACCUACUCGUGUAUGGACUUGAAACUACACGCUGAGGAGAACGCGGUACUCACUGUUGUUGCUGGUCAGAGUGUUUUUGAAAUUUUGAGGCUUUUUACAAUCGUGUUCCGUGCUUGUGGCGGUGACUAGGGUUUAGCGCAGGAGGAAACGUUGUUGUCGUUGUUGGUCACGUUUCUUUGUCAUUUUUGGUGUUUUUCGGCAUCGUUGAAAGCUCGUGAUUGCGACUAGGGAUUAGCGCAGAAGGAAUUGUUGUUGUCGUUGUUGGUCACGUUUCUUUGUCAUUUUGAGUGUUUUUCGGCCGUGUUGAAAGCUUGUGACUGUGACUAGGGUUAAGUGCAGGAAGAAACUGCUUCAAUGGGUAUAAGAGUUGGUGGACCAGAUGAGAGAGACUUUGGAGUCCACCGAUUAUGACGAAAUGGUAGCGUUAUUGGCAAGGGUUGAAACUCCCCUGGCGACUUGUGAAUAUGCCCAGAACGUGGCAAGAGCUUUUAUUGACUGUCUUAAUGCAGGCUUCGGGCUUCAGUGACUUGUCAACAUGCGUGAUGAUGUGAUGUCUCAUGAUCGGUGCGAGGCUCGGUCCCUGUUAUGAUGCAUGAACUUGCCACCUUGGACUAACAUCCACGCACAACAUUGCACUGCAUUGCGGAGCGAAAUGCGGAAGAAGACUUGGAUUGAAGAGUACUCUGUGCUACCGUGAGCUCAACUAGAUACUGUAGUACAACAAACGGUUAUUGAAUGCUUCAGGGAUAAACGACGACAUGCGCAACCAAUACACUCCCUUCCACGACUGUUGGCAACAGCUAAUGGCCAGAAGGGUGCCCAGAAGACAUUGGUUGUUGCCAUCAUGCUCGGAAAGCAAGGAACUGGCUUUCCUGAAGUUUGUGCAAUGCAUGCACAUGUUUCAGCUUCAUGGACUGAUUGUGUGCAAUCUUAGUUUUCUUAAGAACAACUAUGCAUACAAUCUAGUCGGGCUCAAAAUUUGUACCUUGAUCGAUUUCAUUUCCAGAACGUAUGAGCGUGGAUAGGUUCUCGUCUAUCAUCUUUCAAAUUCUGUGCCGAAAACCUUUACUUUUGGCAAAUGCAUUGAGAAUUUUUAGAGUUUAAAGUGUGAGAUGUAUUAUUGAAUGACUUUGUGUACUUAGGUAUUCAGUCCCUUUAUCUUAAGUCGAACAGCAAAUCUGCUGAUACUACGUGUCCAAAGUAUCCGCAGUUUCCACCCGCCCUUCUACUUGCGCUUGAUGUUGCCCUUCUUCCAUGUAAUAAAUGUCCCCACUUUCAGAAUGGA